GUACUUCCGGGUUGUGACGUCACCGCCGCUCAGCUGACGCAGCACCAUAACAACAACAUCCCGGAGCUGUGAGGGGCCGCUGUACCGUGUGUCAGAUGAGUGUGAGCCGAGGGAGAUGAGAAGCUGGCGACAGGCCGGGAAAUGAGUCGGUCCGAUUGAGCGCCUGGGUCCGAGAGGGAGCUGUCAGGGGGAUCUCAGAUUAAAGGGAAUGUUGCGGAGAGACUCGGGGGGACGCUUGUUGUGUUUGAUUCCUGGAAGUUUACCGGAGCCGGGGAGUAACAGAAGGUGCUGAAGAAGAUCUGAAUCUUACGUCGAAGCCGACCAUGGAUAUCGGUGCUUGCGAUCCCCAACUCUCCGAGUUCAGAAAGAUGCAGCAGGAGGAGGACGUGCCUUGGCCUUCGGUGGAUCAAUCCCUGAAUGAGGACCGGAGUGGACGGGUCGCUGGAGCCUCAGAGGAGGACAUGAAAAUCUUGGAGGCCGAUCUGCGCCUUCGGCUGCAUGAAUGGGGACCUCUGCUUACCGCCGGACAGCGACUUUUGGUCUGGGAGAGGCCGCUGCCCAGUCUGCUUACGGCAGCAGCCCUGCACGGCACAUUCUGGCUGUUCUCGUAUCUGUCCCUGCGGCCGGUCUUUUUGCUGAGCUUGUUCCUGCUCUGUCUCCUCGGCGUGCAGCACUGGAAGCCGUGGCUGCUUUCUCACUUUAAAGUACCACCUCGGGGGGAACCUUCCGGCGACAGCGAGGGCCUGGGAGUUGUGGGAGGCGGGGGGCACCACCGCCUGCUGACUGUACCUGAGCUGUGCCACUACCUGGCAGAGAGUUGGUUCACUUCCCACCAGUACAUCCAGGAGGUCCUACUGUACAAGAAGCAUAAUCCUGGCAAGUUCUGUGCAGCAGUUUGCUCUGGAUGUGCUGUCCUGACGGUCCUCGGUUACUAUGUACCCGGCAUUAUGAUAUCUUACAUUAUACUGCUCAGUGUCCUGCUGUGGCCCCUGGUUGUGUAUCGUGAGCUCAUCCAAAGGAUGUACACUGCUCUGGAGCCAGUUCUGAUGAAGCUGGAGUACAGUAUGAAGGGAGAAGCCAUGCCUCGAUCACACAAAAAGCGACAGGUAAAGAAGGAGCCUGAUGAAGGAGAGGAGAUUGUUGCUGAGACAGACAGUGAAAGUGAGAUCGAACUUCCAGGGUUCUCUCCUGAGCUGGACGUAAGAAUUACCGCCUUGGCUCUGUCCAUUACUGACUCGGAGCUGUCCGAUGAGGAAGCCUCGAUUCUGGAGAGUGGGGGAUUUUCAGUCUCCAGGGCCACAACGCCACAACUAACUGAUGUAUCAGAGGAUUUGGACCAACCUAGCACAGCAACUGAAGAACCCGCAAAUUCACCUCCAUGGGUGCAUGAGAAAAGCUUACAAAAAGAAGAGGCACGCAGUCUGCCGUCUCAGCCUUUGGCCCUCAAUCAAGAAGAGCUGGUGCCCUCCCUGACCUCUCCCCUGCACUUUGUUAACACGCACUUCAACGGGAAGGGUCAACCUCCUGGACUGGAAAGCGAACUCCAUCCACUGAGUGAGGAGAUGGCCAACAGAACCAUCUCCACCACCCUGCAGAGCCCAAUAACACCUCUCCCAGCACUGGGACUUACAGCUCCAGAGACUCAAGAACCAGGGGGAGACGGGGAGGAUUUUGAGCUCCUCGAACAGGGCGAGCUGGAUCUGAUGCGUGAAGAGUUCAAGGAGGCUGAACGAUUCUUAUCAACCACAAGCAGCUCGUCAACGCCAGCAUCUACCGAGUCAGGACUGGAAAAGCCAUCUUCAUAGGGGUCUGAGAGAUAGGGAUGUUAAAGCUGAAUGUGUCGUGUGCAGGAACAGCAGGAGGCUCCCUCCUUCGUCAUGCGCAUGAUCUCCGAUAUGCAGCUCUGGGAUCUUGAAAUCUUUAAAAAAUUUGCCCCAUUGGAUGUCAGGGCAUUAGCGAAAAGCACAGCACAUAGUCAGCUUCCCCAUCCAAAAGGCAUUGUUAUCGAGUCAGGAUUUCCUCUCUGCAUUUUUUUAUUUUGCCAUUUGGAUAUGCUUAUCAUGUUACAUAUUACAAUAGUAUUUUUUUUCCUUCAAAAAAGUGCUACUGCUCGGAAGGGAAGCAGGUAUUUAGAGUAAUUAUUGUUAUAUGUGUAGCUUUGGUUCUAGAAUAGGGUACCUGUCACCUAAAAAAAAAUAUCAAUGAAAUAAAACAUAGUGUUGACUGUA